AUGAGCGGGGGCAUCGAACGCUUGCCUACAGAACUCAUCGAAAGGGUCUUGACUUUUGUGGAGCCUGGCCAUCACGAUAAAGAGGUCGACAUCGCCCAGAGAAGGCACCUGAGUGUCGAGAGCUUCGAGCCGGCGCCUGUGCCCUCGCGAAGCUCUGUGGCCGACGUGGGCAGAUUCCGCAGUGUCUGCAAACGAUUCGCAGAGAUUGGCGAGCCCCUCCUUUUCACUCGUGUCGCCAUUCGAUUCUCAGUCAAUGGUCUCAAGCGCUUAGAGCAGUUAGCAGAGUGGACCCAUCUGGCUGCGCAAGUCAGGCGGUUUACCUAUCUUGUUCCAUACUUUUACGAAGAUGGUGAGUGCGGUGAUUGCGCGACGUCGGUCAUGCGCUGA